CUUGACGUUGAAGUUGAGACUGUUCGUGUCCAGUCCAGCCAGGCACUACCACUUUCUGAUGGCCAAGUAGUAUAUCCAGGUCCAGAACUGGUCGUAGUAUCCGCAACAGGUAGAACGCUCGAGGUUGAAGUUGAAGUUGAAACUGUCCGCGUCCAGUCCAGCCAGGCGCUACCACUUUCUGAUGGCCAUGUAGCAUAUCCAGGUCCGGAACUGGUUGUAGCGUCCGCGACACUAAGAAGGCUCGACGUUGAAGUUGAAGUUGAGAUUGUCCGCGUCCAGUCUAGCCAGGCGCUGCCACUUUCUGAAGGCCAAGUAAAAUAUCCAGGUCCAGAGCUGGUCGUGGCAUCCGCAACAGAUAGAACGCUCGAGGUCGAAGUGAAAGUGGCAGUCGAAAUCGUUCUUGUCCAGUCUAACCAGGCGCUUCCGUUUUCUGACGGCCAAGCAGGAUAUGCAGGUGUAGAACUAGUUGUGGUUAGAGAAGUCGUCGUAGCAUCUGCAACAGAUAGACCGCUAGAGGUCGAGGUCGAAACCGUUCGUGUCCAGUCUAGCCAGGCGCUACCGUUUUCAGAUGGCCAGGCGGAAUAG